CCUCACACCACACAACCACACCGCAACGACCACCAUGGCUUUGCUCGUCGACAAGCACCGUCCGCGAACGUUGGAGGCGCUGAGUUAUCACCCAGAGCUCUCAGAAAGACUACGCUCCCUGGCGGCCAGCGGCGACUUCCCCCAUCUGCUCAUCUAUGGUCCAUCAGGCGCGGGCAAGAAGACGCGCAUCACCGCUACACUGCGCGCCUUGUAUGGUCCGGGCGUGGAGAAGAUCAAGAUUGAUAGUCGCGUCUUUCAAACAACCAGCAACCGCAAGCUCGAAUUCAACAUCGUCUCCUCCAACUACCACCUCGAAAUUACCCCCUCCGAUGUCAAUCAAUACGAUCGCGUGGUCGUGCAAGAUCUCCUGAAGGAAGUCGCGCAGACCCAGCAAGUCGACUUGGCUGCAAAGCAGCGCUUCAAGGUCGUUGUCAUCAACGAAGCCGAUCACCUCACUCGCGAUGCCCAAGCAGCUCUACGACGGACCAUGGAGAAGUACUCGCCGAACCUGAGACUCAUUCUGCUGGCCAACAGCACGAGCAACAUCAUUGCCCCCAUCCGGUCGAGAUGCUUGUUGGUGCGAGUCGCCGCGCCGACGGAAGAGGAGAUUACAGAUGUGCUGGCAAAGGUGGGCAAGAAGGAGGGAUACAAAAGUGAUGCAGGACUGGAAGCGAGGAUUGCCAAAGACUCCGGUCGAAACUUGAGGAGGGCAUUAUUGAUGUUUGAGGCUGUGCACGCCCAGAACGACAACGUCAACGAGAAGACUGUCAUUCCUCCUCCGGACUGGGAAGCGUUGAUUGAAGUUAUUGCAAAGGAGAUUUUGGAAGAGCGAACACCAGCCCGUAUCCUGCAGGUUCGCGCGAAACUCUACGAUUUGCUCUCGCAUUGCAUACCCGCGACGACUAUCCUCAAGACUCUCACCUUCAAGCUCAUGCCCAAGAUUGACGACGGCUUGAAAGCGGAUGUCGUCAAGUGGAGCGCUUUCUACGAACAUCGCAUACGGAUGGGAAGUAAAGUCAUCUUCCACCUCGAGGCCUUUGUCGCCAAGUUCAUGCGGUUAUAUGAGGGUAAUCUCAUGGGCAUGGAUCUCGAUUUUGAUGAUUGAUGGAAGAACAAAACGCUUUCUCUUUUGUUAUGCUCGGUCUUAGCGCGGCGCUUUUAGACAGUUGAGAGAUGAUGCCUUGAUGUGGACCCCGCUUGCAUCAUUGUUGUGCAGCUCCCAACCCGCAAGUGUUUCUUGAUUGCGCAGAACUUCCAAUUAAAC